ACCCCAGUACAAGAAGAAGGAGAAGAAGAGGAAGAAGGAGGAAGAAGAACCGGUCUCUCGAACCUGGGACAGAUUCUCCCGUAGAAUUUCAGAAGAUUCUAGAAGCUGUCAGAGAAUGUAGAAUCCUGGGGAGAAAUGCAGUGCAGUGGCAUUCAGUGAGUUGUGGACAUGUGACUGCUAGAACUAUAAGAUAAUUGCCUAAGCUAGGAUGUGGGAGGCCCCGGUUUCCACCCCAGCACCGCUGAAAGAAAAAGAGGAAAAGGGAGGAACGCCACAAAAGUAUGAUCCCACGUUCAAAGGACCCAUUUACAACAGGGGUUGCACAGAUGUCAUUUGCUGUGUGAUUCUCCUCCUGGCCAUCGUUGGCUACGUGGCUGUGGGCAUCAUAGCCUGGACCCAUGGGGACCCUCGGAAGGUCAUCUACCCCACGGACAGCAGGGGCGAGUUUUGCGGACAGAAGGGCACAAAAAACGCGGACAAGCCCUUCCUGUUUUAUUUCAACAUCGUGAAGUGUGCCAGUCCCCUGGUCCUGCUGGAAUUCCAAUGUCCCACUCCCCAGAUCUGUGUGGAGCAGUGCCCUGACCGCUACCUCACCUUCCUCAAUGCCCGAAACUCAAAGGACUUUGAGUACUACAAGCAGUUCUGUGUCCCUGGCUUCCAGAACAAUAAGGGUGUGGCUGAGGUGCUUCGGGAUGGUGAAUGUCCUGCUGUCCUCACGCCCAGCAAACCCUUGGCCCGCAGGUGUUUUCCAGCUAUCCACGCCCACAAGGGGGUCCUCAUGGUGGGUAACGAGACUACCUAUGAAGAUGGCCUCGGCUCUCGGAAAAACAUCACGGAGCUGGUGGAAGGCGCCAAGAAGGCCAAUGGGGUCCUGGAGGCGCGGCAGCUGGCCAUGAGGAUAUUUGAAGAUUAUACUGUCUCUUGGUACUGGAUUGUCAUAGGCCUGGUCAUCGCCAUGGUAAUGAGCCUCCUGUUUGUCAUCCUGCUCCGGUUCCUAGCUGGCAUUAUGGUCUGGGUGAUGAUUGUCAUGGUGAUUCUGGUGCUGGGCUAUGGAAUAUUUCACUGCUACAUGGAGUACGCGCGACUGCGUGGUGAGGCUGGCUCGGAUGUCUCUCUGGUAGACCUUGGCUUCCAGACGGAUCUGCGGGUGUACUUGCAUUUGCGGCAGACCUGGAUGGCCUUCAUGAUCAUUCUGAGUAUCCUGGAAGUUAUUAUUAUUUUGCUACUCAUCUUUCUUCGAAAGAGAAUUCUCAUCGCCAUUGCGCUCAUCAAGGAAGCCAGCAGGGCUGUGGGAUAUGUCAUGUGCUCCAUGCUGUACCCGCUGGUCACCUUCUUCCUUCUGUGUCUCUGCAUCGCCUACUGGGCCAGUACCGCUGUCUUUCUGUCCACUUCUAACGAAGCUGUCUAUAAGAUAUUCGAUGAUGCUGCCUGCCCACUUGUUGGAAAAACCUGCAAACCUGAGAACUUCCCCUCCUCCAAUGAAUCUCGCCUGUGCCCCAAUGGCCGCUGCCAGUUCGCCUUCUAUGGUGGUGAGUCGGGCUACCACCGUGCGUUGUUGGGCCUGCAGAUCUUCAAUGCCUUCAUGUUCUUUUGGCUGGCCAACUUCGUGCUGGCGCUGGGUCAGGUCACCCUGGCCGGGGCCUUUGCCUCCUACUACUGGGCCCUGCGAAAGCCAGAUGAUCUGCCUGCCUUCCCGCUCUUCUCUGCCUUUGGCCGAGCGCUCAGGUACCACACAGGGUCCUUGGCCUUUGGCGCCCUCAUUCUGGCCAUUGUGCAGAUCAUCCGCGUGAUGCUGGAGUAUUUGGAUCAGCGGCUGAAAGCUGCAGAGAACAAGUUUGCCAAAUUUCUCAUGACCUGCCUCAAAUGUUGCUUCUGGUGCCUAGAGAAGUUCAUCAAAUUCCUCAACAGGAAUGCCUACAUCAUGAUCGCCAUCUACGGCACCAACUUCUGCACGUCUGCCAGGAAUGCCUUCUUCUUGCUUAUGAGAAACAUCAUCAGAGUGGCUGUCCUGGACAAAGUUACUGACUUCCUGUUCCUGUUGGGCAAACUUCUGAUCGUGGGUAGUGUGGGGAUCCUGGCUUUCUUCUUCUUCACUCACCGAAUCAGGAUCGUGCAGGAUACAGCACCACCUCUCAAUUACUACUGGGUCCCUAUACUGACGGUGAUCAUUGGCUCCUACUUGAUCGCUCAUGGCUUCUUCAGUGUCUAUGGCAUGUGUGUGGACACGCUGUUCCUCUGCUUCUUGGAGGAUCUGGAGAGAAAUGACGGCUCUGCAGAAAGGCCUUACUUCAUGUCUUCCACCCUGAAGAAGCUCUUGAACAAGACCAACAAGAAGCUGGCAGAUUCCUAGAGGCCCAGGCCUCCUCCGAGGCCUCUCCUCUCAGGAAGGUUGUGAGCUUGGGUGCUGGACAGGCGACUGGCUGGGUCAGAAUCCUGCUGGCUCAUUGGACUUUGUUUUAAGUCCUGCCACUGCCUCUUUGUCCCCUCCCCCUGAUCCCGUUACUACCAGUUUCUUGGGGACCUGGUGGAUCUGGGGCUUCUCCCUGUGCCAAGGGGCACUUGGAGUUUUCACAGGCACUUUAAAGAUUGCAAUGGAAUGAGUCACCCAGCCCUUGCUGGCCCAGAUGGAGACAAACGCAGUGGAGUGUCUGGGAUGGGAGGUGGCCCAACCUCUGCAGGCUCCUCCAUGCUUCCUGUCCUCUUAGACAAUGGGACAGACUGUGUCUAUAGAUGAGGAGGCAGCUGCCUGGCCACAGUGAACUCCAAGCUCCUCUGACUGCCUUCACUUCACGGGCCAGGACCGAGCCCCUUCUUCAUGGCCCAGUCCUCGGCCCCAGGGCCGUCAAAUGCAUUUCUUUAAUUAUUUUUUAACCUGGACAUGCAUUAAAGGGUCAAUUAGCUUUCUUCCUUCUGCCUCCACAGCUGAAUGGAGGUACCCAGAGUGCCUUCAGUUGUCUCCCUCCCAGUCGGGGAGGUGUGUGGCUGGGCAGGAGUGUAUGCUUGCCCAGGCUGGGGAGUCUUCUGGCUAGAGAGGUGAUAUUGGGGGGGCCCUGAUGGGAGGAAAGGAAGCGGGGUGGUCCGGAAGCACCAGGCUGAAGAUGCUAAUGGCUUUUUAAUGAAAACUGCAGCUGGCUGACUGGUUUGUGAAUUGGGUCCCUUUUUUGAAAUCAGCACCUGAGGGAUGAUGUCAGGAGACACGGUGGGAGGGCAGAUGCUCUGGCUAACAGGGACCCCUCUGUCCAUUCACCUCACACCUUAGGAAUCCUUUUGCCAAACUUGUUGAACUUGGGGGCCUGGUACCCCCUUUGCCUGCCAUGUCAAGCCCUCUCUCCCUACCCCCCCUUCAUAUCUUUGCCUAUCAGUGCAAUUCCAGUAUCCUAGAGAGAGAGGGGUCUCCCGUGCCUGCCACCCCCUCCUGUUCACCAAGCCCUAUGUGUAAGUAACUGCAUUCCACCACUAAUAAAAGUGCCUAUUGUACAGGUCCAGGCCCUGCGUGUUUGUGGGGGGAAUAGGAGGCAGGGAGGGGAAGCAGUGCACUGGGAUUCUCCAAGUUGCCCUGGUUUUCCCAAAGGGAAGAAGGAGGGGCAGGAAACCCGCUGUCUGCAGGCUCCAUCUCCACCCC